UGGGCGGGCGGGCGCGGCCCCGCAUGCGGAAGCGCCGAGCGCAGGUGCGACCGCCUAUGGACACCCCAUCGCGCCGCGUGCGCCUCCGGCCCUGGCUCGUGGCCCAGGUGAGCAGCGGGCGUUUCCCGGGGCUGCACUGGCUGGACCCUGAGCGGCGCCGCUUCGCCAUCCCCUGGCUCCAUGCCACCCGGCACCUCGGCGCGCCCCCUGACUCCCAUGAGCGGCCUCGCAGGCGUGGGCAACGGGACACGGGCCGGUUCCAUGAGGGUCGGGAUGCACCGGACCCCGCACGCUGGAAGGCGACUCUGCGCGCGCCCUCCAACAAGAGCCGCGAGUUCCGACUCGUCUUGGACGGGCCCCGUGCGGUGCCCCCCGUGCCCUACCGGGUGUACGAGCUGUGCCUGGGGAGCAACAGAUGAGCAGACGAGGAUGACUACGACUAUGGAGAGGAGGGGGAUGUCAGCCAGCUCCAGAAGAUGACAUCUCUGAGUAUCAGUGACACCCAGCAUGGGGGAGACCUGCUGCCCCCCUACCCCUGGCCCAAGGAGGCCCCCCUUCUAGCAGCGGCUGCCCCCGUGGCAUCCUUUGCACCGCCCCCUCCAGUGCUGCUCCCCAGGGAGGUGGGGGGCACCCACGGGCCGCCCGAGCUGCCUCCCACGGCCCUCGCCGAGCCGGGGCCCCCUCUGGCCCCCCCAGCCGCCUGCCCGCUGGUACCCAUGGAGCAAGUGAUCCCUAACCUGCUCAUCAGCCCCCACAUGCUGCCACUGACCGACCUGGAGCUCAAGUUCCAGUACCGGGGCCGCCAGGUCUGCGCCCUCACCAUCAGCAACCCCCACGGCUGCCGCCUCUUCCAUAGCAGCCUAGAGCCCACGCAGGAGCAGGUGGAGCUCUUUGGGCCGCUGACACUGGAGCAGGUCCGCUUCCCCGCCACUGACGCCAUCCCCAACGAGAAGCAGCGGUUCUACACCCACCAGCUCCUGGACGUGUUGGACCGUGGACUCAUCCUGGAGCUGCAGGGCCAGGACCUCUAUGCCAUCCGCCUCUGCCAGUGCAAGGUCUUCUGGACGGGGCCCUGCGCCUCCCAUCACACCGGCCCCAACCCCAUCGAGAGAGAGAAGAAGACCAAGCUUUUCAGUCUGGAGGGGUUUCUCAAUGGCCUCAUCCUGUUUCAGAAGGGCCAGACCACCACCCCUCCUCCCUUCGAGAUCUUCUUCUGCUUCGGUGAGGAGUGGCCGGACCAGAAACCCAAGGAGAAGAAGCUCAUCACGGUGCAGGUGGUGCCAGUGGCAGCACGGCUGCUGCUGGAGAUGUUCUCGGGCGAGUUGUCCUGGUCGGCUGACAGCAUCCCGCUGCAGAUCUCCCACCCUGACCUCAAGGACAAGAUGGUGGAGCAGUUCAAGGAGCUCCACCAGCUUUGGCAGAACCAGCAACGGCUGCCGACAGCACAGCCAGAACCCAGCCCCGCCACUGGCCCCUGGGCACUGCCACCUGGGUCCCUGCCUUAGUGAUGAGGGGGGCACCCAGCACCCACCACUGCUGAGCGCUGUGAGGUGGCCUUCCCUGCUUGGUCAUCCCUGUUCUGUCACCUAGUGGCCACCCCUGGCCACCCAAACUGGUGGCAUUGGGACCACCCAGCACCUUCUCCAUGCCCCUGGAGGGCUCCAGGGGAGGACAGGGCCGUACUCGCGACCCGAGGAAGCUUCACUAGAGCUGGAGCAGAGGAGAAGCUGGACACCCCCAACCUGGAGCCCUUGACAC